AUGGGGAGAGGAUUAUACAGAGACUUUCGCUCCAGUAACAAAGCAUGUAUCUGUCUGUGUCUUUUUAGCAGUGGCAGUAGCAAAGGGAUGGGAACUUCAUCAAAUGGACGUAAACAAUGCGUUUCUACAUGGCCUCUAGAAACUGGUCUCUUGGUGUAUGUUGAUGACAUUAUACUAGGUGGGAAUAGUUCAGAAACGUGUGCAGAGUUCAAGGCGUAUCUCAACAGUUGUUUUAAGAUAAAGGACUUAGGAAAUUUGAAAUAUUUCCUUGGAAUAGAAGUAGCUUGGUCCACUAUUGGAUUGUUUUUGAAUCAAUGCAAGUUUGCUCUAGACAUUUUGAAAGAAACUGGAUUGACUGGAUGCAAACCCGUAGACACCCCAAUUGAGCAAAAUCACCGUUUGGGAUACGCCAAUGGGAGUUUUCAUUCUGAUCCAAAUCAGUACCGAAGAUUGGUGGGACGACUAUUGUACUUGACAAUCACGAGGCCCGACAUCACUUAUGUUGUGCAUGUGCUUAGCCAGUUCGUCCAGCAACCCCGAGUUGAACAUUCGAAUGGUCUGGUGCACGUUCUGAGAUAUCUCAAAGGAUGCCCAGGGCAAGGUAUAUUGCUAAAUGGUGAGAAUGAUAUGGUAUUGCGAGGAUACUACAAUGCCGAUUGGGCAAGUUGCCUUUUGACCAGAAAAUCAGUAACGGGUUUGUACUUCCAACUUGGUUUUUCCCCUAUUCUUUGGAGGAGCAAGAAACAACUCACAGUGUCUAGAUCCUUGGCAGAAGCGGAAUAUAGAGACAUGGCCAUGGCUACUAGUGAAAUAGUCUGGUUGCGGAGAUUAUUGAGUGAAUUAUUAACACCGUAG